AUGGCUUCUUCUCCAUUAGCCGAAUUCCAAAAUGGGGGCCCUUUAACACCACCACCGUCAUCAGGAUCUGACGCUCACGAACCUCAAUCAAAUCCAUUAUCUGACUCCGCCCCUCCAGUCACUCACAAUGAAGAGCCGCCACCUCAACAACUACAGCUUGCGGUGACUACAGAACCAACAGCGACGGCGAUGACGGCGGUGGCGAAGUGGCCCGGGUGGCCAGGAAACAACGUGUUUCGGCUUAUAGUGCCGGUUCUCAAGGUGGGUAGUAUUAUUGGCCGCAAAGGAGAGCUGGUUAAGAAGAUGUGUGAGGAGACUCAUGCUCGCAUUCGCAUUCUCGAAGGACCCCUUGGCACCGCUGACCGUAUUGUCAGUUCCCUCUCUCACACACAAACACACACACUUCCGUUCUCUUUAUGCAGUUUUUGCAUUCUUUUAGGUUAUAAAUUGGAGGGUGUGAAAGUGUUUCUUGUUAAUCAACUUGGCUUGCUUAUACACAAAUGUAUUUUUAUUAAAAAGAACUCAUGUCUUUCAUGGUCGAUGGCUUGUGAUGUAUCUGCUGCCAUGAGAAAGAGCUGUAUUUUGAAGCUAAUCAUUCAAGUUAGAAUAGGUGGUAUGCUGAGUUACUGGGAAGAUUGUUCUAGAGAAAAGAAGCUUGCAAUCUCCUAA